GUAUACAAAAGUAUUAAGAGAUAACAAUAGCUUUUGUUAUCUUUCCUAGUUACGAGUUAAGUAGCUCCAUUUUUCUUUGUAAAAGAUUAUUUUGUAUUAUACCCAAUUACAACACGUUAUAAUUAGGUGAAUCCCUGGUGUUAUCUUUCCUGUUAAUGAGUAAAGACCAUUUCGCUGUAAAAGAUUAUCUUGCAUUGUAUCGCAAUACAACACGUUUUAAUUUUGAUAAUUUUUAUAUGGAAAGGUUGUUGUCCCCACUUUUAAAAAUAUAUACCCUUAUACCUGUUCUUAACUAUUUAAGUGAAAGACCUUCUUGUACGAUACCUCAUUUCAUAAUGGACUCUCUGAGCUGUGAUGUCUAUGACCCUGAACUUAUGAGACUCUGUGAAGAAAUAGAAGAAGAUGAAGAACUAUGUGAGGCUGCCCAACUUGUCAGUCAACUUCAUCGAGAGGCAUCUUCUCAAAUAGGACGUGGUAUUAAGAGGACCGCUGCAGUUUUGGAUGUGGAAAAAGUCGUAACAAAGAAACCUCGCCACACCCCAGCACCUUCUGAACCUGUAGCAUCGACCUCAUCCGCUGCACCAGCACCUGCCCCUGUAGCAUCGAGCUCAUCCGCUGCACCAGCACCUGCCCCUGUAGCAUCGAGCUCAUCCGCUGCACCAGCACCUGCCCCUGUAGCAUCGAGCUCAUCCGCUGCACCAGCACCUGCCCCUGUAGCAUCGACCUCAUCCGCACCAGCACCUAAUAUUACUGUGAGUACAAAUAAUAAUGAUGAAAUCAAAUGUUCUGUGUGCAAUAAGUUUGUUUCUAAAAGAUAUUACCAAAACCAUUUGAGGAGUAAUAUUCACAAAAAUAAUGUUUUAAAGGCAGAUCUUGAAUGUGAUAACGUAAAGUUAAUAGAAAACGCUUUUAAGAAUAGGGUGGCUACCUACAGAGUUCUAUUCGAGGAAAAUAUUCAUCAACCAUAUGUUCCCGAGGUGAUUUUACAAGAUAACAAACGUAAGGUCUUCGCUUUAUUAGAUCGUUCCCUCGCUAAUCAUUUUGCGUUAAAAGUUAACUUUAUCCUUAAUGCAGAUUUCACUCAAGAGUGUAAACAUAUAAAUAACACUUUUGAUUUUCAAUUAAGUAACAAUAUAAUUGAUUCUGGUAGUAACAAAGAUGAUAUAUUCGAGAUAGUGGUUCAAGAUAUAUUAACUAAAUUAUCUAACUUUCAGAGAAAAGAUAGUGGGUGGAGUUUAGUUAAAUUCAACUACCUGGAUGUUAAUGUAAAUAAAUUUAAUCCGUUGUGUGGAUCAUCUUUUAUUGAACUGCCUCGGGAUAUUAAGAACAAAAAUGCGGUUAUCAAUGUUAAAAAUAGAGAUCAUGAAUGUUUUAAGUGGGCUAUUUUGUCAGGUUUAUAUCCACCCGCGAAUCAUCGUGCAAAUGAAACUAAUUCUUAUAAAGAACAUAAAAAUAAAUUAAAUUUUAAAAAUUUACCUUUCCCACUUAAGAUUGGGGAUAUCCACAAAUUCGAAAAUGUGAAUGAUAUAAGAAUCUAA